UCCAACCCUGGUAAAAUUGCCGUUUGCUUCUAAUAUCUGGCGUUGUCAGAUUUACUAUGACUGCAUAAGUCAAAAUCAUUCCUAUUUAAUGUUUACCUUUUUCACACAGUAUAAGCAUUUUUUAACUUAAGCCAUGGUAAAAGGCUUGGAGAGUCCAGAGGAGUCCAGUGAAACAUCGGACCUCUCUGAAGAAGAGAUCAGGGAUUAUGCACUGGAAAUAGGAAUUGAUCCGGAGACAGAGCCGGAACUUAUGUGGCUGGCGAAGGAGGCGAGGUUUGCCCGACUGCCUCCAGGAUGGUUGGAGCGCCAAGAUGACAGUGGGAACACCACCUUUCACAACACCUACUUGCAGAUAGCCUCUAAUGUACACCCUUGCAAAUUGCAAUACCGCAAACUGGUGGCACAGGAACGCGACCGCAUUCAGCGCACGACUGCUGUUAUAUGCUCAGAAAGCACACAUGGCAGGAACGAGAAUGAGGAACCUAUUCAUGCAGUGGGUCUCUUUGGCAGUGGGUUCUUGAGUAUAAUAGGUAACAGACAUGAAGAAACAGCAUCUCUGACACUCUUCAGCUUUGAAGAUGAAGAUGAUGGUAUUAUCUCUGAAAAGGAGUCAAUUCCUUGUUCUUCUAACAGUGAUAUUGAGAACAUGUCUAUGAACCAGUGGGGUGAACAAUACAAGGUAGAUUUGCUUACUUACCAAUCCCAUCCAUCAUUGACUUCUACUGGUGUCUUAACUCUCUGCCGAUGUGUUUUUCAGUUCCCUUUCAUGCAAGGGUUUAUCCGAUAUGUUAACAUUUAA